AUGGAUCUGAACCAGCUGACCCCGGAGGAGAUUGAUUUCGAGCUCCUGUUACGGAACACGACGGGGAUUCGAGGAAAGAACUUGGAAUGGAAGAUUUCGCGGCUGCAACAGCUGCUGGACAGUGAGCAGGAUGGAUCACCAGCACCAAGGUAUUCAUCGCAUGUGGUUUCGGACAUGGACAGCAUUUACCACUGCCAAACAACAAUUUCGCCGAUUUUCUACGCUCUCAAUGCAGCUUUUAAGCAGCAAAAUGAAGCACAGGUGACUUCGUUGCGAUCGAGACUACUGCACUACAAAUUCAGGCUCUCGCUUAUAACCGAAGCCACGAUUUUGGACGAAGCCAAAAAAUCGUUGACAAAGAUUUGCAACGCUCUGCACCAAAUUGACGAGUUCCUGAACGACAAAAACAUAGAACACCAGAGCGACACAAAGAAUCCGGAUGAUCUUCCAAGCGACCCGGAGACACUGAAGCGGCUAAAGAUCGCACAGCUGCAAUCGAGCAUCGACGAGGCAGAUAAGCAGCAAAAGGUGUUACAACAAGAGCUUCAACGAACGAUACAGGAUGGGCAGAUUCCUCAGCGAUCACCAGAUCAGGACAACGUGUUUUCGACGCUGCAGCAACAACAACAAUCUCACAUGCAACAACAGAACCCGAAUCCAACAAAAUCACAGCAGCAACACGGUUUGACUCAGCAAUAUUCGCAAGAGAUUCUCGAUCCGCUUCAGCAUCCAACACUCUCAGGACAACAUCAACAGCAGCAAACAGAACAAUCACAACAGCGAGGUUUCCAACCAGAGCAGCGCCUACAUUUGUUGCUGAAUCAAAUGCAGUUGCAGCAACAACAACUAGAACAACAGCUGCGGCAGGAGCAGCAGAGGCGGCAGCAGCUGGAAUGGCAGUUACAACACCAACAGCACCAACAAAGCGUGGCAGCAGUGCAACAGCAGGCGAACUAUGCGCCAAACUAUACCUAUGGAUCCAUUUCGGGAUACUGGGGUCCUCAAAACCAGAGAGAGUCUGGAAUAGCCCAGGAACCACAACGAUCCGGCCUUACUCCACCGGUAGGAGUUCCGUCCAGACCCAACACACCCAGAUCAUCCAAUCAACCGGCCAAUUCUAAUCGAUUCUUACAACCAGUGCACAAAUGGCCUUUUGAAUACGCCGGCGAGAACAACAUAGUAAAGCUGGGAGAGUUCUUAAAUCAAGUAAACACUUACGCGGUCACAGAGGGCAUGGACGAUCAAGCCCUGCUUCGUUCCAUCAAGCAUUUACUGAAGGGUCGGGCUCUUCAGUGGUACACGCGGUCAUACCUCGACCUUACGACAUGGGAGAUCUUUAAGGCUGAAAUCAAACAAGAGUUUCUGCCUCCCAACUACUCCGAGAUUGUAAAACAGGAUCUGUACUUGCGUUUCCAAGGUCCAAACGAACCCUUUACGAACUUCUACAGAGAUCUAGUAGCGGCCUUCGAGAUCAUAGAUCCUCCAAUAACUGAAUCCGAGAAAUUGUUUAUCUUGAAAUCCCACCUGAACUCAGACUUCUCACCAAUCGCUUCAGCAUCCCGCUCUGGCAGCGUGCGAGAAUUAGUAUCAGUUUGCAAGGAUUUUGAAGUCUCACGCUCCUAUGCCAUACGGGGACGUGCUUCUACAGCAGCGCGAACACCAGGCUCUCGACCGGAAGUCUCAGCGUUUCAGCGACCAGCACCUAAUCGAAUCGAUCGCAAUCCAGUCAACAACGUGAAUCGCUUCCCCAUGAACAGACAACCGUUUGGGAUAGCGCAAGUCAACAUGAUGGAGCUGAACCAAGACAACGAGGAAGAUCUGGAUUUGGGAAACAUCAGAGAGCGAGAGGCAUUCCAACAGGACAUUGCUCUUCGAAAUGAAUUGGCAAUGAAUGUGGUUGAAGAAGUGAACGCAAUGCGAACACAAAACGACUGGAGAGCAAGGCCAGCGGACAACAUUUUGGAGGUUCCAGUAAGAGAAAGCAGCAACAGAGACUUGGCGACGGCGGUCGUAUGCUGGCAAUGUGAUAAUCCCGGUCACACCUACCUAAGAUGCCCAAAUCCAAAGCGUUUCCUAUUCUGUUAUAGCUGUGGAAAGAAGGGUUGCACCACACGCAAUUGUGAUGCCUGCAUCCUUCGCUGGAGGCAGUUGGAGACACAGAACGCCCCUCAGGUUCCGGGAAACCGAAACUGGGAGAACCCGCAGUAAAGGGUGAGGGAUCUCCCAAUAUUGCAGACGUCCCUUUGCUUAACAACAUACCCGCCUUCAGAAAGGCGGAUUCUAUCAUCAUAAACACAGACAACAAUGACAACCGGCCAUAUGCUUCAAUUUCUGUAUUAGGACGUGAGCUACGAGGACUCCUAGAUAGUGGUGCAACUUGCAGUCUUAUUGGAGGGCCACUCUCCAAAAUUGCCGACGAACUCGGGUUGCGUAAAUUUCCAGUUGUAGGAGAAGUGAAAACAGCAGAUAAUUCACCACAUGCAGUCUCGUUCUACUCACACGUGCCGAUCGCGUAUAACAACAAGAACCGUACGUUGCCAAUGCUUUUCGUCGAAUCUAUGCCGCCCAUACUGAUUUUGGGAAUGGAUUUCUGGGAGAAGUUUGGGAUAAAACCGGUUAUCUGCGGAAUCACGAGUGACUGGAGUUCAAAAGAAUCGAUAGUAGAAACUUUAACAAACCAUCAACAAGAGGAGUUACAGACAGCAAUCCAGGCUUUUCCAACAUCAGGGAACCAAGGUCAGCUAGGCAGAACGAGCCUUUAUCACCACAAAAUCGACACCGGCGAUGCUGCUCCGUUCAAGCAAAAAUACUACCCCAUGUCAAAGUUUGUCCUAGAUGAUCUAAAUAAAGAAGUAGACAGAAUGUUGCAGCUGGGAGUAAUCGAAGAGGCACUGUGUUGCCCGUGGAAUAAUGCCACAGUGGCAGUUAAGAAGAAGGACGGGGCCAUGCGGCUAUGCUUGGACGCCAGAAGGUUAAAUUCGGUACUAGUCCAGGAAGCGUACCCCAUUCCACAAAUCGCUUCUAUCGUCAACAACCUAAGCGGAUCAAGGUUCCUUUCUUCGAUCGAUCUUGAAUCAGCAUUUUGGCAGAUACCUUUAGAAGAAGGAUCGAAGCAAAAGACGGCAUUCACAAUUCCUCAACGUGGUCAUUACCAAUUUACAGUUGUCCCUUUUGGACUGUCGACGGCCAGUCAGGCUCUAUCGCGCCUAAUGAACCAUUUGUU